AGCGUUUCAUUCGUAAACAUCAUCUCGUAAAGCAUUCUCCUCCCUCCGCGCAAAAUUUUAAAAAAUUUUAACAGGGAAUGUGUGUAAAUUAUUUAAUUAUUAUAUCAAACUGAAAACAGCACAAACUACGGAGAUGUAAAAUCAUCGCUUACGGGAAAUGUGUGGGGAAUCUGACCGUGAUGAGUGUGAGAAAGUGAUUGCUUCAAUAAUAAAUGUCAAAAGUGGGAUGCAAAACAAAAGAAAAUUUGUAUGUACUCUACACCGCAAUACAAUUACAUUUCGGAGCAGCAAAACAUUAAAAACGAGCUAAAAUUUGAUAGCAAUAGCCAAAACAUCAUUUGCCGUUCAAUCAGAAAAGUUUGGCAGCAUUUUUUAAAGCAUUUCCAAAUUUUUAUCAUUUUCAAGUGUUCUGGUGUUCUCAUUUCCGCAACAUUUUUUUUUGUAGAACGGUCCCUUCUCUUCUUUGUAACGCACCAUACAGCAGCAACAACAUAACGUAAAGAGAAUAAGUAGUGCAAAAUAGACUGAAUGUUAAAAAAAACUAUAGGAAAUUAUUGAUUUUGCUUGUUUUUUCCGAAAAUGUUUUUGACCAAGUGCCAUUGCCAAAUGACGCACUCGAAAAAGUUCAAUCCCCAUAAUACAUCUUCCAGGCGGCGAUUUUAACGCAAUACAGCAGCAGAACAAGACAAGUUUCGAAUUCUCGAUAUCUUCCUGUUUGACUCAGCCACCUCACCUCGCCAACCAACCAGUUAGGCCACAAUACAGAGGAGGGCACCUAUAGAAUUUGGACGUACAUACAGGCCACAAAACACCUAUCACAAUGGAUUGGAUUAUUAACGAUGAGAUGGGUCUCACUGUGGGGCAUGUGGUCGGUUGGGCUGCUGCUUCCGCAAUGGUCAUAGGCGGCGUUAUUCCGUACGUUCCCCAAUAUUUGGAAAUAAAGAAAACCCAGGAUGCUGAUGGUUUCUCAUUGCAUGUAUGCUUUGCUUUGCUUAUUGCAAAUUCCUUGCGAAUAUUAUUUUGGUUCUCUAAACGCUAUGAGCUUCCACUUCUCGUACAAAGUGUGGUGAUGAAUGUGACCAUGUUCCUAAUGAUACAUUUGUGCGUCAAAGUAAAACGGGUUAAUGCGAAUGCCCGAGAGCGCGCCUUAUCAGCAAAUGAUGAUCUGCGUCUACCCAAGGCAAUGAUGACGGACACAGAUACCGCUGGAUCAGUUUCCAUAUCCACUGAAGCUGGUCCACUGAAGCGUUCACGAUCGCGACAUUAUUUAAGUGAUCUCGACCUAAAAUACUUCUGGAAUUGGACCGAUUUUCAGUCAUACUUGGAUUUCAUGCUGGUUGUUUGGGCUGUUGGCGCUGCCAUAACAUAUCUAAUGCUCUCCAUAGAAUGGUUCAUGGAGAUUGUCGGCUUCGUGGCCGUAUUCACUGAGGCUAUGUUAGGAGCACCGCAAUUUAUUCGAAACUUUAAGAACAAAUCGACCUAUGGCAUGAGCAUUCAUAUGGUUCUCAUGUGGACACUUGGUGAUAUGUUUAAGACUGGUUAUUUUAUUGCUAGAAAAGCGCCGUCCCAAUUUUGGAUAUGUGGAACCUUGCAGGUGAGCUUGGACUUGGCCAUCUUAAUGCAAGUAUGGAUUUAUCGCCACAAUUCCAAACCUAGAGAUGCGCAUCGCGGAGAUUAGCAGUUUGCCCCCGAGGAACAACAAACACAAACACAACAACAAGGUUCCCACACCAACAACAUUUCAGCCGACAGUAUUAGUCAAUCAAUACACAACACAAUAACGAGCAGCGGCAGUGGUGAUGAUCAUUUACUAACCGCCCACGCAGAUGAUGAAUACAAAACUUAUCACGACAACCGAGCAUUUCAAUUCCACAACAACAACACAUUGAGCCGCAAAAAGGCGGGAGGCAGUAGUAGCGACAACAGGGGCGUUUCGCAGACAAAAAAAGAGGACAAUAAAAUCGAAGAUGUCUGCGAUAAGCUGGAUGUAGUGAUCGUGCACCAGGGCUUAAGAAAAUCCUCCCAGGGCGAUGAGGUGGACUCAACCAACGAAGUGUGUUCGUGCACAAAGCAAUUGAUACCCAGCAAAUCGAAUAGUGAGCCACGCAAACGGCACAAUGCUACCCAGACACCGACCUCUUUGGUCAAUUGGGAACAACGUCCCGCAGCAUAUCGUGCGAAUAGAUUAAAUUGUUGCUGCGGCCACACCUGUACCAAGCGAACGGAUCUCAGCUGUUGCGGCUGCCCUGGCAAUAUGAAUCUGCAAGAAGCGACUUGCCACUGCCAUCGUUUAACCUCUACCCCCCAUUGCUGUCAUUACCCGUCGUGUCAACAUCAGCAGAAUCGAUGUGGCCGUUCGCGGUCGACAGACCACAAGAGACAUGGGGACUUGAACCACCAACAAGCGCCUUGUCUGAAGGAGCGCAGUCUUCGACGCAAACACAAGCGGUGUAAUGGCGACGUUCACUUUCAUUACCGACGCCAUUUGAAUCAUCCGAUGCACAAAAUACAAUGCUCCUCUAUGGACCACCUUCCAAAUACCUGCACCAAGUCUUCCCUUGAUUCUAGCGAUGAUCCAAAUCAUCAUCUCCGUUUGUCUUCUUCGACAGCUUUGCACGAGAUUGCAAUAGAAAUUGAUGCCGCCACGAUGACCGAAGACAACAGCACUACAGCCACGUCCAACUUUGCUUUUAAGGGGGCGGGCGAUAACACUAUAGCGCCCAUCAUUCGAGCGCCACUGCACGUCGAUUCGGAUGUUGACACUCAUGAGAGACGAUUGAAGCGCCACUCCUCUCUCAUCUCCAACACCACUGUGGAAACCGACGAACUAUCGAACGAAGAUCUGGACGAUCAUUGCCUGCAGCGACAGACGAAUUACAAUUACCAACUAUCGACCACUGGCUAUUGCCACUGCUGCGAUCACAAUUUGGAGGAAGUUGAACAGAGCCUCGCAAUGAGUUUGGUAGCACAACCCAAAAAUGAAUGUGUAAAAAUAAAGCGUAAACGGUUUAUUGCCGCCCCUGAUGAUUGCUGCAGCAGCUGUUCCAGAUGUUCCACCUGUUCGUGUUCACAUGUCCACACAAGCAGUUGCAGCAGCUUCGAAGAUUGGCCUCGGUCAGCGCCAGUGUCUCGUCCAUUUACUGUCUCCGCCGAUUGCCAUCAUUGCAGUACAAAGAGGCAUUCGACAGCAUCCAGCACAGGCUACGUGGGCACGGAGGACAAUCAAUACUUGGACGAAGAAGUACUUCCGCAACCGUUAAUCCAAGAAACCACCGACAGUUCAGCCAACACCAGUCGCCGCAGUAGUGUUAAUGCCAGUUUUUGUUCAUGCACUUCUAACACCUACUGCUGCUGCGACGAUUCGGUAGCUCUGUGUACAGCGGCAGACGCCACUAUAACGUCCUUUUCUCUGGGGAAGCCGAGCGCUCUGGAUGGAGAGGAACAGCAUUCAAGUACUCUGACGCCAUUGACUAACCCAUCGUCUGUCGUCUCGACACCAGUUGGCGACGAUGGCGACGUUACCAUGCGAAGUUUAAGCCAGGCCUUGACCGAUGACAAUUCGUCGCAGAGCCAUUCGGCGGAUUACUAUUCGCUGUCAUCGAGUCAGCCGCAGUCGCAGGGAACACCUUGUAAGUCACCUAAACAUGUACCUAGCUUACCGAAGGAUCCGACGACGUCCAAAAUGGAUGUUGUGGCCCAAACGCAAGAUGCCGAUGACCAAAAGACACGCAAGUCAUGCAAACAUUUCGGCAAACGCCAUAAACACAAACGGCCGGAAUCGCCCAUCGAUUCUUACUUAUGACGAAGCGUAUCGCUGGUCACGUGGCCAGCGAUCGAUGUCAAUUCUUUGCUACAACAGACCAUACGCCAAUCAGCCAUACUCCAGGAGACCACCCAACAGCAUGAAGACAGCUUGGGAUCUAUGACCAAAAGGAAACAGCAACUACGCUUACCAACGCAACCGCAAGAGCUGAGCACUGGAAGCAAUGACAGUUCUUCCGCCACCCUGACUUCCAUCGUAACCAUAGCGAAAUUCCCGCCUCUACCCAUGCAGGCAUCCAAAUCGCAAUCGCUCUCAUCGAAGUCAUCGCAUCCCUCGUCGGUGCAAUCGCUAUCCGCCGUCACCGCCAUCUGCGGCAGCAAUGGCUCCAGUGUCAUAACAACAACUACCACCUCAGCGCCCAACAGCGGCCGAUUGAAGCGUAAUUCCAAGUUCUCUCCUCUGGCUGGAGAUGCAUUCAACUGUGAUCCCCUCUUGAAUGCCGCCCAGGAAAGACGUUCCACUGAGAUUAUUUUAUAGCAAGUUUGCCAAAGUUCAUAUAAAUCUACUGCUACCGUUGUUCGUCCAUUACUUACGUUCGUCGUGUCGGGCCUGUUUAUAAUCAAAUAUUAGUUUGCUUUUCACAUCAUAUUCAUAUGGCUGUGCAUUCGGAAAGUUGAAAAGAAAAACUACAAACGAAUAGUCUCCAUACACCUGUAUGUAUGCAUAUAUGACCCCCCUUAAAAGCUUGAAUUCGAUCAUCUAUCGAUUGGGUAGGGGCAUGUCCAUACAAACUUUCUAUAACGAAUUUCUCUUUACCUAUGUUGUUGUGUUUUUUACUCUUUUUUUUCUACAUUUUCCUUUGAAAUUGUAUCGAAUCUAUUUUGAAAUCUAACUGUUGUUCUCGGGGGUUCAUUUCCUCUUUAAAUUAAAAUAGGACAAUAAACUCCUAUAGCCUAUUGUUUUGGUGAAGCUCCGCAUCGGCUAGCUUCAACACCCCACCACCGGAGUAGACUAAAACGGCCAAUUUUCAAUAUUCUAUUCUAAUUUAUUUAUUUAAAAACGACGUCUUGAGACGCCGAUAAUCGCAUACAUUCAGUGUAAUUUUCGAAAAAAAACAACGGUUCUCACAUCGUUGUGCUCUCAUGCCUGCACCACUUUGUCUCUCUCUCUCUCCUCUCUCGCCAGAAAAUUCAGAAAUUCAGGCAAGUGAGUGGAAUGAUAGAAAGAAAGAAGGAAGCAAACCGGCAAAUACAAACACAUGUUCGCAGCCAAAGUGUUGUUACAUUGAUACUUUUAGUUAAUGAAUAAUAAUCUGAUAAAAACCCCAAAAUAUAUUCGAGUAACUUAUUUAAGCUCCCGUUUCCGCUCCCCGCUCCCUAACUUAAGUCGUUGUGAAUUAUUAACUAACUAAUUACUAAUUAUGAUUAGCCUAAACAAAGAAAGAAAGAAAGAGUUUAUCAAAUUAAAAACAAAAAACAUAUCCAUACUAGAACAAUUAUAUAUAGAUAUAUAUAUAUAUAGACGAUAAUAACUAA